GGUUGUGCGCGAUCUGUAAGGCCCAGUGACCAUCUGAGCUCCUUUGAAGAGAUGGCCUUCGAAAUAGGCUUUAACUGUUGCAGAAGUCAAACUUCGUGAUGAUCAAUAUACCCUUGACCACAUGCGUGCUUUUGGCAUGUAUAAUUAUCUUCACCUGGAUUCCUGGUACCAGGAUAAUGUCUACUAUAUUGAUCAGUUUGGAAGGGUUAUGAACGUGUCAGUGACUCUGGAGACUGCUCUACAAAAACCGAGAGAAGUUUUCAGGCUACCUACAGACUUGACAGCUUAUGAUAAUCGCCUUUGUGCUUCAAUAUAUUUCUCAUCUUCCACUUGGGUUACCCUUUCCGAUGGAACAGGAAGACUCUAUUUAAUUAAAUCGGGCAAGCGUGGAAACAGUGCAUCUGAAAAGUGGGAAAUUGUGUUUAAUGAAGAGCUAGGCAGUCCAUUUACUAUAGCACACAGUGUUUCAUUUGUAAAAUCUGAUAUACAUUCAGUAGCUGUGCUGUUGCUUAGAGUAGAAAAAGAUGAACUGGACACAAAAGGAAGUGGAUUUCAUAUUUCCCUGGAAUGGGUUACAAUUGCAGAGAUGAGCAAAGAGGGUGAUCAUAGAUAUGAGAUCUUCAAAAGGAGAGUUUUACAAGGAAAAUCAGUCCCUCAUUAUGCAGCAAUAGAACCAAGUGGGGAUGGUUUAAUGAUUCUCUCCUACAAACCAUUCAAAUUUAUGCAACAUGAGGAAGACAAGUUAGAAGAAAAUGUUGAUGGAAAAGUAACAAAUGAAAAGAAAGUUGUAGACCCUCUCUAUUACUGGCAGCAGACUGAAGAUGACUUGACGAUAACAGUUCACAUUCCUCAAGAUAUCGUUAAGGAUGACAUAAAAGUACAGUUUUCUCCUAAUAACAUAUGUGUUACACUGAAAGACCAGCCUCCUUUGAUGGAAGGAACCCUCUAUUCAUCUGUGGACCAUGAAAGCUGCACGUGGAUAAUUAGAGAGAACAAAAGUUUGGAAAUUUCUCUAAUUAAGAAAAGUGAGGGACCCCAGUGGCCAGAGCUAAUAGUUGGUGACACAAGAGGGGAAUUCAUUAUGGAUCCUUCCCAACGCUCUGCGAUGGCUGAGUGCCUGAUGCAUCUUACCUCUGAAGUAAUGAAUCCAAACCCAGACAAAGAAAACCCACCUUGUAAUGCACAAGAACUAGAGGAAUGUGAUGCUUUUCUUGAAGAUAGCGCAAGUUUGUGCAGAUUUGAUGGUGAUACCUUGAAAGUUACUCAUGUAAUUAAUCUUGGAAGCAACCAGUAUCUUUUCUCAGUUGUUGUGGAUCCCAAAGAAAUGCCUUGCUUCUGUCUGAGGCAUGAUGUUGAUGCUCUUCUCUGGCAGCCUCACGCUGACCAACCAGAUAACAUGUGGGAACACAUUGCAACUUUUAAUGCUUUAGGUUAUGUCCAAGCAUCAAAGCAAGACAAGAAGUUCAUGGCUUGUGCCCCAAAUCAUUCCUACGCUGCUCUUUGUGAGUGCUUGCGUCGAGUUUUCAUCUAUCGCCAACCGACUCCUCUGUCUACAGUCCUCUACAACAGGAAGGAGGGAAGACAAGUGGGGCAGGUUGCUAAGCAGCUAGUAGCGACCCUGGAAGCCAGUGAUCCUAUCUUAGGCUUUCAAGCUACUAAUGAGAGAUUAUUUGUUCUCACAGCAAAAACCUUGUUUUUAAUAAAAGUAAACACUGGAAAUUAAUUAUUUAGUAUAUCCUGUUGUAGUUUGUAUUCACAAUUGGUAGAAGAAAUAACUAGGUAAAUUAUCGGAGUUCAGUAUGUUUUGCUGAAGUUUAAAAGGAAAUGUAACAUUUUACAGGGGAAUCAAUUUUUCAUUAGAAAGCCUUUCAACUUUGCUAUCACUGAACUAAGGUUUGAGUUUUUUUGAGAGAUACAAAAAAAUGUCUCUGUGCUAUCAGCUUUCUUAAAACUAUUGUCAGGGACUUGAUACUGCAUAGGUGAAUACAUUUAUGCGUUGUUCUUUUCCAAAUAGUUGUAUUUGCUGCACUUCGGAAUUUUGAGAAUUCACCUCUGUUUCUAAUUGCCAUUGUUUUCCUCUGAAGGAACUAGUCAGAUAAGGAAGUAGAGCCUUGAGUUACAAGCAUGUAAUGUGCAAAGUAAAGAACAGUGUGUCAUAAAGAAAAAUUUUCAAAUUCAAAUACAAUUGGUCAAAAGUGAUUGAAUAUUUCAAUAUUCAAGGAUAUUGAAUGGAAUAUGAAUGGAAUAUUACAUUUCUUAUGCAAGUAUUGAAUUCAAGUGGAAUAAUUAAUUGUAUAUGCAGGUUUUUGAUUAUUGAUCUGUGACUUGCUCAUGUUUGCAGUGAAAUCUAUUUGUAUUUUAAGAGACACUGUAAUAGCUUUUCAUAACUUUUCCUUAAAGCAAAAGAGUGAAUGUAUAUCUGGUAAUUACAUACUGAGCAGUACAGGUCAAAGUGUAGUUAUAAUUUCAGUUGUGAUUUGCAUCUCAGGUUGUACUUAAGAUUAAGUAACUAAUUGACAGUUAGAAAAUGGCUAAUGGAAAAUGCACCUGUAUCUUAACCUGAAAUGUACAACUCAUCAAGUGCUGCUUCUGCCUUAGACACCACCAUAAAUAAUGUGUUACUAGCUAGCCAUUCUGUCCCUGAGGCACAAUCCAGAUGUGGUAUAUUUGCAAAGUAAGAGUGCGCUGACCACGAGGAUGCUCUAAAGCUUAACAAAACAGGCACGGUUAAUUUAUUGAAAAGUUAUAUCAGGAGAUUGUUUCCUAUUUUAAAGUGACAAUGUCAGUACAGUUAAACCAAAAAAGAGUCAGUUGUGAUGUUUGCCCCGUGUUUUUUAAUUUUUAUUUACAAGUCCAUAGCAAAGAAUCUCUAACCAAUAUAUUGCAUGCUACAGGAAAGCUGCUAUGAUUUGUGGAACCAGAGUACUGAAACAGACACAAAUACAAUGAGUGGCUUAGUAGUUUGCAUCUUUUUUUCAGUAUUUCAGACCUCAGUGAAAAGCUGUGGAGAAGAAAAGAUAUAUUCCUUUUUAUGGACUAUCACGUUUUCAGCUGUGACUGCUUUGACCUUCCUGUAAGUUCUCCAAACCUAUGUCAGUGCAGAUAUCGAAC